ACUCUCAGUCGAUAACGGAUGCAGAGAUCAAGAUUCUGCACAACAGGACCGACAUGUCAUUCCUCUACUAUAAGUCGGUUAGUGUUGUCGACGACAACGAAGAGAAACAGAUCAGAGAACAUUUGAUCCAAAUUGUCUCAUAUUUGGUGAUGUCUUCGGAGGCGCUCAAGAUAUUAGUUUGCGGUGAUGUGAGCGGUAAAUACCGACAGUUGUUCGCGCGGAUCAAUCAAGUGAUGAAAAAGUCCGGCGCUUUUGAUCUGGUGUUAUGUGUGGGUGAGUUCUUCGGCGUGGACUCCGAUGACGAGUACAACGACUUAAUCCACGGGACAAUACCGUUGCCAUCGGUUCCCAUCUAUAUAUUGGGAACAACUGACGACCGAUUGACCAAAUACUACAAGAAUGAGGACUCGGAUAGUGAUUACGAGUCGGGCUUUGAACUGAUGGACGGAAUCACUUAUUUGGGCCGAAAAGGCAUUCUUACGGGAAGUUCUGGACUAAGAAUCGCUUAUUUUAGUGGAAAGCAAUCAAAUGACGGCAAAAGCGAUACGAAGAGCACAUUUGACACCAAGGAUUACGAGUCACUGCUUUUAUCGCAUCAAAGUUCUUCAUCGGUGGUCGAUAUCUUGAUGACCAAUCAGUGGCCGAAACAUAUCUUUCGUUACACCGAAGGACACGACAAGCGAUUGGAGGACACGAACAGCGAAUUGGGCUCUGAAUUGGUGACCAAACUAUCACUUUUAUUGCGUCCGCGCUAUCACUUCGUCGCCGGUUAUGAUUGCUUUUACGAAAGACAUCCGUUUCGUAACCACAGAGUAUUGGCGGAGUCGGGCCGACACGUGACCCGCUUUGUGGCGGUGGCCGAAGUGGCCAAUCAGGCGAAGGAGAAGUGGUUGUAUGCGUUUGUCAUAACUCCGGCCAAAACUAUCGAUAAAAAUGAAUUAAUUAAACAACCGAUUGAUGUGACAGAGAAUCCAUUCAUUGACGUCCAGUUAGAGUCA